UCUUUCAGGUGUUUUAAGAAUAGCAACAAUGAACAACAGUUCAGAGAUACCAGAGCAGAGCCAUUGCCAAUAGCAAUUCUGAAGGCCACAUACACACUGCUUGCUCAAGACAGGAAUUCUUAUUUUUACUGGACAUUUUUGCAAGCUGCAGAAGCAUUUCAGUAACAGUACAAGCACUGAGGAUGAAAGUGAUUCUUGUAUUCCAAAUCCUGUUUUGGAGCAAAAUGCUAAAUUAUUUUAGGGAAUGAUUUGGUAAGUGCUGGGAAGUACAGAAGCAGGUAAUGCACUUCACAUCUAGUACUUGAAGCUGCUCUGCUUACAGAAUGGGACUAUUAGAAAUUAAAUAAGCAAGUUUGGUGCCUUGCUUCUGCUAGAGAGUAAGGAGCAGGAGGAAGACAAGUAUUGCGGUGGUGCUGCAAGUCUCAAUUUUUAUUGACCAAUUACCCCAAGCACAGCAAUUUAUAGCAGGAGCACAGUCAUUGUUUAAAGUUCACUGGGGCUUCAGCUUCCCUGGCCAUAAAAGUAAUUUAUAUAUAUGUGAAUACCGCUGGUGUUUUUUUCCCUCAGCUUAACGAAGGAAGCCAGGGCAAGUACAAGAUCGCCUUUAUUUUGCAAUUCUUUACCAAAAACCAAAGAGUGGAGCUGCAAAUACCCAUUACUUCUGCAUAGAUGAUGAACUUGUGUAUGAGAAUUUCUAUGCAGACUUUGGACCACUCAAUCUUGCAAUGGUCUACAGAUACUGCUGCAAGCUAAACAGGAAAUUAAAGUCAUUUUCAUUGAUAAGGAAGAAAAUAAUUCAUUAUACUGGCUUUGAUCAGAAAAAGCAAGCAAACGCUGCAUUCCUCAUAGGCUCCUACGCAAUAAUAUACCUGAGAGAAUCCCCAGAUGAUGUGUACAGGCUUAUAUUGUCAGGAAGUGUUUCCUAUCUUCCUUUCAGGGAUGCUUCCUUUGGUACUUGCAGUUUUCAUCUGACAUUACUGGACUGUUUUCAUGCAAUAAACAAGGCUUUGCAGUAUGGUUUCCUGGAUUUUAGUACGUUUGAUGUAGAUGAAUAUGAGCAUUAUGAAAGAGCAGAAAAUGGAGAUUUUAACUGGAUAAUACCAAACAAAUUCAUUGCCUUCAGUGGACCUCAUUCAAGAAGUAAAAUUGAAAAUGGCUAUCCCCACCAUGCUCCAGAGGCUUAUUUCCCAUACUUCAAGCAAAAUAAGGUCACCACUAUAAUACGCCUCAACAAAAAACUGUAUGAUGCCAAACGAUUUACAGAUGCUGGAUUUGAGCAUUUUGAUCUCUUCUUUGCUGAUGGAAGCACACCUAGUGAUACUAUAGUUAAAACAUUUCUAAAUAUUUGUGAAAAUGCUGAAGGUGUGAUAGCUGUUCAUUGCAAAGCUGGUCUUGGACGAACAGGCACACUUAUUGCUUGUUACAUCAUGAAGCAUUAUCGGAUGACAGCUGCUGAAUCUAUUGCCUGGAUCAGAAUAAAUAGACCUGGUUCUGUGAUUGGACCACAACAGCAUUUCCUGAUGGACAAACAGGCAGAACUUUGGACAGAAGGGGAUAUUUUCCGUGCAAAGUUGAAACGAAACCAUAAAAUUGCUGUAACAAGAAUUCUGUCAGGAGUAGAUGAUAUUUCAAUUAAUAACACAAGAAACAGGAGAACCAUCCAAAAGGACAUUGAACUGUACAGUGAUGAUGAUGAAACAAACUGUUUAACACAAGGGGAUAAGCUUCGUGCUCUGAAAAGCAAAAGGCAAGCAAAAGCUCCAACUCCAUCUCCACUAGCAGUAACUCUGCAGUCCAGUGUUCAGAAAAAUAAAACCUCUGAACCUAGCAUUUCUGACAGUACAGACAUUACUAAAAGAACUACCAGGUCUGCUGCAAGAAAAAACAGUUUAAAAAGCCAAUCCGUCACAAAGACUAGAACAGUAUUGCGCUGAAUUUCGAAUAAGCCACCAGUGUUGAAGAGGAUAUUCAGGAGUGAAGGGGAUAUAGAGGGGACUUGAUGCAAUUCAAGGAAGAUCACUUUGGCUCUAUUUUUCAGUAAAAAAUGAAAUAGAACAAUCUCUUUUUUACUUGUAGAAUAAAAUGUACUCUCAACA